GCUGCACAGCUGACAAGAGAGCCCGCCCUCCCCAGGGUCCCAGGAGAGCUGGUGCCUCCCCUGGGUCCCAAUUUGCAUGGCAGGAAGGGGCCUGGUGGGGAAGAGGCAGGGAGGGGACGGGCUGCAGCCCAGGCAGUUACACGUUUCCCCCCAGGAGCCUCUGUCCUAGCCACCAGCUUGGGGUCCAGGACGGAGCGGUGAGCAUGGCCGGGCUGCUGCGCCCUGCGCCUGGCACCUGGCUGGUACUGUUGCUACUUUCAGGUGUGCCUGCAGCCAAAACAGAAGACAAGUACCCGGAUCCCAAAGGAAGCGCUUGCUCCAGCAUCUGGCAGAACCCACGCUUCAUAGCCCGGAAAAGAGGCGCCACAGUGGAAAUCAGGUGCCACGCAAAGGAGUUGGGAACCGUGAGCUGGCUCUGGAAGCAGAAGAUGGAGUUGGAGCCCAAGCCGCUGCUGGACGAGGGCCGCAUCCUACAGAGCCAGAACGGCUCCAUCUUCACCCUCACCAUCAAAGGCAUCCAGUUCCAGGACAACGGCAUCUACUUCUGCCAACAGAAGUGCCCGGAGGGGUCCCUCAGCAAGGGCUGCGGGACUGAGCUGCGAGUCAUGGGGUUAAGCACCUUGGCACAGCUGAAGCGAAGGAACACACUAAAAGAUGGCAUCAUCAUGAUCCAGACCCUGCUCAUCAUCCUUUUCAUCAUCGUGCCCAUCUUCCUGCUGUUGGACAAGGAUGACAGCAAGGCUGGGAUGGAUGAAGAUCACACCUACGAGGGCCUGAACAUCGACCAGACGGCCACCUAUGAGGACAUAGUGACUCUGCGGACAGGAGAGGUGAAGUGGUCAGUCGGGGAGCACCCAGGUCAAGAGUGAGGGGCCGGCCCUCCCCAUGCCCCUGGGCCCAGCCAGCCGGGCCCUCAUUGGCUGUGUGAGAGCCGCCUCCAGCUCCCAGCUCAUCCCCACUUCCCUGGACCUCGGUCAGCCUCUGAAGCUGGCCUGCCACAUCUGCCUGCCGCCCCCCCGGCCCCUGGUCCCCAGCUCUUGGCGCAGAGACUGGAGUGGAAGGGCCGCAGGGCAGGGCAGUGAUUUGGAGUGGGGACUUCUCUGGGGAUAGACUGGACCCAGACUUCUGGGGGUGCUAUGUGGGGAUGCAGCCCAUGUUCGGGACGGGGAAGGCAGAGGCUUGUCUGGAACCUGCAAAGGGACUCAAGCAGACCAGCUUCCUGCAGAGCCCGGGAAAAGCCGUGGUCCAUCCCACUUGGCCACAGAUGGGCCACAGAGGGCUACAUGCCUCUCCCACCCUCUCCCACCCUCUUCCACCCUCUCCCACCCUCUCUCAUCCUCUCCCACCCCAGGGGGCUCCUAGCCUUGAUCCCAUUCUCCCAUGGAAUAAACAGUGUGUCGAGAAACCACACACAGGCUUGUGACAUCUAUGGGUAUGGGGUGGGUCAGAGUAUCUCUCUGGGCACAAAUGUUUGGACCUCUGUGGGCCCGGAGGGUGUGGGAGAGGAUCACUGCCAUGGAUCUCAUGGGCUUCUCCUGGGCUCACUAGGGCUUCUCUCUGAAAGCCUGGCUGGGAUCUGUGGUUACGCCCUUCGGGUUUUCCCUGGCUGGGCCCAGAUCAGAGAAAGGCUGGUAGCCCUUUUUAGCAGGAAGCCUUCAUCCUGCAUUCCCUUUAGCCCACAAGCAGUACUUGGGUCCUGCUCUGUAGGGCAGGGGUCUCAGCCUUGAAGGAGCUUGCCCUUGCCCACCCAUUCCCAAUCCUUCUGUCCCUGAAGGCCCUCCAUCUGCAAGAAGCCCUCCCAAAUAUCCCCAGUCCCUGCCCAAGCCCCGUUCCUGCCUUGUGCUGCCCAUGCUGGCCUUUGUCUCCAGUUAAACUACUCCCCACCAUGCCUGACCCAGAGCCACGCAAGAAAGAGAUUCCUAAAGAAGGAGGCUUUGCAGUGGUGAAGUUUGGGGGUCCUUAGGUGACUCCCUUCAGCCUUUCCCAGCACCACAUUGGAGGCCCCCUAGAGCCCCAACAUCCCCACAAAAUGAUCCCUAGGGCCCUACAAAUUAGGCCCCAGUGUGCCGGCUGCAGGAGGGACAGGAGCAGUUCCCAGCUGGGAGCUUAAGGGCAAUGAACCUCCGUGUGCAAAGCCAGGCCUCGCUCCACUUCCUAUGGACCUUGGGGGGGGGGGCGCCCUGAAA